AUCAUGGCUAUGGUCUGACAUAACGUGACAUGAUCUGUUGAUAAUACGGCACACUGAUGCCGUUUUGAUGCACAUCGUCGACGUCCCUACAUCUACGAAGUCCCAACUAAACACGACAGUUGUAAUCUUUUCACAUCAUUAGACUCACGUCGCACGUGUGUUGAACCUCAAUUUUUUUUUAUUUGUGCGAUAUUUUUAACAUCAAACUGCGCAAUAUCAUACUACAGCUCAUAUUUAGUACAUUUCCUCUUCCGAAACUUUUUUCCCACCAUUUUAUUCCCCCGACAACAAUUUUUUUUCAAAUUUAUUUCUUGUUUCAUUUUCCUUGCAAGUUAUAAAGUUCUGUUCCAAAAAAGUCGACCUGUGAUGAUUAUUGAUACCUCACAUCGAAAGGAAGUUUGAUCCUUAGAAUCUGACAAUCAGCCGAGCUUCAAAAUGGACGAUAAUCAGGAAUCACUACUACAGAAAAUCACGGACCUCCACGAUCAGAUCUCCAACCUGGAGAGCCUAGAACCCUCCGAAGACACCAAUCAUCUUUUCACGCAACUCGUCCUCACCUGUUUAUCACCGAUCACCAUCGACAUCCGGAACCUUCCCCGGAAAAUCCAGGAAACGCGAUCCAACCUCAUCAGACUCUGCUCGGAGGCAGAGAGCCUCCUGGAGUCCCACUACGCCAAAAUCAUCUCCUCUUUCGACAACCCCAUCGACAAUCUCCACGUCUUCCCUUACUACUCGAAUUACCUGAAGCUCUGCCACCAGGAGUUCACCAUCCUCAAACGGCACCAAACCCACGCACCAAAAAAGGUUGCAUUCGUUGGUUCCGGCCCACUACCCCUCACUUCGAUUUUAUUAGCCACCAAGUAUCUCACCAACACAGUUUUCCACAACUUCGAUCUCAGUUCGAUAGCCAACCUGGAAGCAGUUCGAUUGGUGACGUCACAUCUUGACCUAUCCCAAAGGAUGGUCUUCCACUCUGCGGAUAUCCUAGACGUCACGAACGAUUUAAAGGACUUUGAUGUGGUGAUUUUGGCUGCAUUGGUGGGUAUGAAUAGGGAGGAAAAAAUUAAGAUCAUCGAGCAUUUGGCAAAGUACAUGGCGCCAAAUUCUAUCCUAAUGUUGAGGAGUGCAAAUGGAGCAAGGGCGUUCCUCUAUCCUAUCGUCGAGCCUUGCGAUUUGCGGGGGUUCGAGACUUUGUCUGUGUUUCACCCCACCGAUGACGUCAUCAAUUCGGUUGUCAUCGCACGUAAGUACUCGACGAGGCCGAGUCAAAAAGGUUUCGGUCCUCUCUUGAUGCCGUGCAAGUUUUCCGGCGAGAUCAAGGCCUGUGAUUUGCUUAAGCGUAAGGGGAUUGUUGGGCAGAUAUCCAGUAGCGAUUCUUGAAUGUAGGUAAUGUACUGGUAAGUACUGUUGAAUGUAGGUAAUGUAACUAAAACGAUCAAUUUUUGGUGAGGCAUUCGUCUAGAAUCGAUAUAUUCGAUCGAUUUAAAUGGAUGGAAAACAGUGCUCCCAACUCGCAAAAUCGCCACACUGGAAAAAAAAAA